GUUCGGAAACAGCCUACAAUGUUUAGGAAGAUAGCUAGGUAGUCAUAGGUUAUCGGCGUAAUUUGUUUCCCGUUUUCCUUUACUUUUUUAUACGAAUUUCACAGUAUGUGCCAAUACAUGUUCUGCACUAGUGCCGAGCGUGGUUUGGGUUCUUCAAGUCACUUUCUCUUGUAUAUUCUGUGCACUGAGUGAUUCCGAUGCGGAGUGGAUUACGGGUGCUAUCUAUGCCUGCGUUGAGAAAAAAAGGACUGAAUAAAGGCUGAUAGUUUCUCUGCAAGCACCACAGACCUUGAAUGAAAACCGUCGAACCUCUGUGAAGGCAAGUUCCUGCACAUUUAACCGCAGGGUUUUUUCACUUUUGCCAUUUUUCCCAAGCAUCGAUAUCGUUUCUGAGUGUUCUUGCCUUUUGUUUUGAUUUAGAGGCACACUGCGGAGCCAUUUCACGAUGAAGCACGACUGAACGGAGUUUAAAAAAAUGAGGAAGCAUCUUUUAAAAGAUUCUUUAAAGAUAGAUGCCUCAUCAUCUACAGGCCCAGAUCUUGGUGAAAAGGGGGAAAGGGAUCCAUGGAGCCAGAUGAAUAAAAUCGAGUGAAAUGGAACACGAGACACGCGGACGCAGAAGCAUAGACAAUGUAUUAAAGACGGCGAUUUGUGCAAGUUUGAAGUCUAUCCGAAGAAAAUGAAGUACUCCGUAUGCUAAACGUGAAAUUGAGCAUUAUUGUACUCUUAUUUUUCUAUGUAUUUCAUAAGGAAGAUUUCUGUUGGAGAGGCUCUGCUAACAACGCUACCCAAUCCAUGAAAUUCCUUCUCCAGGAUUUGGAAUAGUUAUCCAUUUUUAUAUUUUCUUAUUUGAAUUUUUGAUCUGGAUCCAGCGUUGAUAUUAUUCAAUGGAAGUAUGUUAUCAGUUGCCGGUUUUGCCUCUAGACAGGCCGGUUCCCAAGCAUGUACUCAGCCGGAGGGGAGCCAUCAGUUUCAGCUCCAGCUCCUCUCUGUUCGGGGCCCCCGAUCCACGACAGCUGUCACAGAGACGUGGAGCGAUCUCCUAUGACAGCUCUGAUCAGACUGCGCUGUACAUUCGUAUGCUAGGGGCUUGUGUAAUAUUCAAACAGCUGUUUUCAAGAGACGUGAGAGUGAGAAGCCAGGUAGGAUUCGAACCGGAACGACGAGGCUCCCACCCCUACCUGUGUGUGGAUUUCCGAACCUUGCACUCCCGGGGCGAGACUGUGGGGCCAGUGUCCGGCCGGCGGGUCCACAGGCUCUUCAGCUUCCAGCGCCACCUGCACUCCUCGCGCCUGCUCCACAGCGCCACCACCGGUCCACACAACCCUCUGCACAUCCUGGACGAAGACUACCUGGGCCAGGCCAAGUGUAUGCUGGAAAAGGUUGGGAGCUGGAAUUUUGACAUUUUCCUCUUCGACAGAUUAACAAAUGGAAACAGCCUUGUCACCCUGACGUUCCACCUGUUAAACCAGUAUGGAUUAAUUGAGCUCUUCCAGUUAGAUAUGGUGAAACUUCGUCGAUUUUUAGUCAUGGUCCAAGAAGACUACCACAGCCAGAAUCCUUAUCACAAUGCAGUUCAUGCUGCGGAUGUGACCCAGGCCAUGUACUGUUACCUGCGAGAGCCCAAGCUCUCCAAGUCGCUGACAUCCUGCGACAUCCUCCUGGGCUUGCUGGCCGCUGCCACGCAUGACCUUGACCACCCCGGGGUCAACCAGCCCUUUCUCAUCAAAACCAACCAUUACCUAGCAGCUUUGUACAGGAAUACCUCAGUUCUGGAGAAUCAUCACUGGAGAUCAGUUGUGGGAAUCCUGCGAGAGACCGGGCUUUUCUCCCACUUGCCUGCAGAGGAUGGGUUAAACAUGGAAAGACAGCUGGGCUCCUUGAUCCUGGCCACAGACAUUAGCAGACAGAACGAGUACCUGUCCAAGUUCAGGAUGCACCUGGACCAGGAUGACCUGUGCUUGGGAAACGGCUCCCAUCGUCACUUCAUCCUCCAGAUGGCCCUGAAGUGUGCUGAUAUCUGUAACCCCUGCCGGCCCUGGGAGUUGAGCAAACAGUGGAGUGAGAAAGUGACCGCCGAGUUCUUUCAGCAAGGUGACAUUGAGAAGAAGCACAAGCUUGAAGUCAGCCAACUGUGUGACAGCCAGACCAACACAGUAGGGGACAUUCAGAUUGGCUUCAUGACUUACGUAGUGGAGCCUCUGUUUUCCGAGUGGUCCCGGUUCUCAGACACGCGCUUGUCCCAGACCAUGCUGGGUCACUUAGGUCUGAACAAGGCCAGCUGGAGUGGCCUGAGGGCUGAGGGGAGCCUCGACGAACCAGAACCAGAACCGGACCCAGACCCAGACCCACCGCCACAGCCAGUGUCAGGCCCAGGCCCGUGUUCAGGAUCGGGCCCGGCCACAGCUACUGCCGCGGAAGAACCCACCACCAGAACCUUAGCUCAGGGAAGCCAGGAGUUUUGACCACCCACCCCCAAACCCUCAACCAGUCCCUGGGGAAAGGCUGCACAGAGUGUGUGCUGUGUGUGUGUGUGUGUGUGUGCGCCUACGUGUGUACGUGUGUGUGUGUGUGUGUGUGCGUGUGUGUGUCUGCGUGUGUCUGUGUGUGUGUAGAAUUGAAUGGAGAAAGAGUGAGUUCUGGUGUGUUGCGUGUGUGCUGUGCUGAUGCGAGUGAGUGAGUGAGUGAGUGAGUGAGUGAGUGAGUGAGUGAGUGAGUGAGUGAGUGAGUGAGUGAGUGAGUGAGUGAGUGAGUGAGUGAGUGAGUGAGUGAGUGAGUGAGUGAGUGAGUGAGUGAGUGAGUGAGUGAGUGAGUGUGAAAGAGAAAAGCCCACUAUGUACACUUACACCCCAGCCAAACACCUUGAAGUCACAUUUUUAGUUGCUUGCCUCCCAUCAACCACUGAUUAAUCAUUUUAUUAUUUUUUAUUUAUUUAAUUUUAAAUCUUUUAUUUUAUUUUGUCUUGACAUAGAGCAAUACAUAGAUACCUCAUCUGGCAACUGCUGUAAGUUUUGUUUAUCUUUUUUUUUGUUUUAAGAAAAGAGAAGAAUUUGCUCCUUUUAUUUAUUUAUCCUGUUUGCUCUGUUGUUGGGGUGUAAUGAAUUGAACCCUUUGCAUUUUUGAUGAGACACUUCAAGAGAGUACAAUAUAGGAAGGAUUCCCCCAUUGCUGGGUUUCAAAAGUGCCAUUUGAGUUGCUCUGACAAGUGAUUUGAAACACCUGGAGUAUUUGUAAGAGAGGUUUUGAAACUGCACAGAGAGACUGUGUGUGUAUGCACAAGCGUGUGUGUGUGUGUGUGUGUCAAUGCAUUUGCAAUGAAAUCUUCCUCCUUAUGUAAAAAAAAAACAAAAAACAAAAACAAAACAACAAAAUGUGAAAAGCCCAGUCGUUUUGCUGCCUCUAUGAAGACUGUUUACAAAAUGUCUUGUCUUGAUAUGAAAUUAAUUCUGUCAGUUUUCUGUGAUUGUUAUUAUUAUUAUUUUUUGUGUGUUUUGUAUUUUUUUUUUUUUAUGCACAGAUGUGAAGAACCACUCAAAUUUACAUUUGAACCAUUGUCCUACUGCUGAACAAAAACAAACAGGAAAAGACAGAAAAAAAACUCCACUGGAUUGCCACUCAGGCAGUCAGAUGCACCAGAUGCCAUAGCGAAGCCAUCUGUGCUCCGUUGGAUUAUCUUUCUUUCUUUCUUUCUUUCUCUCUUUCUAUCUCUGUUUCACUCCUCUUGCACUCCAACAUGGUGUGAAUUUUUUUUUUGUAGGACUUUAGCAGCUUCUGCUCUGUAAAGGGUAAAAAGGAGACGGACACUUUUCUCGUUCCUUCUCACCUCCCCUCCUCUUCUGCUCCCUUUCUGCCCCAAAUCCCCACCACCAUCUUGUUGCUUUAUGUGACAAUGUUCUGAUCUGAAGUCAUGCCGCUGCCUAAGGGGCGCUGGCAGAGUGGCCGUCAGACAGCCAACUGACCCGCCACCCCCUGACCUGAUCACCGCCGCCUUCUCAGACCCUGAUCUGCGCAGCCCGACCCGUUUCCAUGGGACCCGUAGCUGACUUGGAUCCUGCGACGGAUCUCUCUCAGGGUUUCGCCAAGUUGUCGGUGUUUGUAGGGAGCGGGGGUGGCUUCAUGGUGCCUUUCACAGGUAGCUCUUCAUGUGCCCCAACCCACCACCCCUUACUACCCCCCAUCCCUACCAGCUACCCCCUUUAGCCCUACCAACCUAACCCCUCACCUGUUCCACCUGCCUGACUCACUGAGCCCAACCUAGAGUCGUUUUUAAACGCCAGGAGAACCACAAGGUGGAUGAGGGAAGGAGCAGUCGUCCCUUUCAGAAUGUCUCGACACGAUACCACACUGCAACCCCAGAAACUGCAUUGGAUGCCUUAAAACUAUGCACAAAAGCUAAGUGACCAAACCAGCUCCUAUUCUUGAAGUGCAUCGUGUGUUGUGCUUUUUAAUGCACUGUCAGUCCCUAUGCCUUUGUUGUGAGGAAAAUAGUUAAAAAAAAAAAAAAAAUCUUUUUAGUUGGAGGAAAAUAAGUUUUUGUUUUGUUUAUGAGACAUGAAACAUUCCAUCUUUGUUUCUAGGUAUUUUUUUUUAUUAUUAUUCUGUACAUAUCGCACAGUUGUGUUUUUUGUCUUUCUUGACAUUUUGGAUGAUAAACAGGUGCUUUUCUUAUUUUAGCUGAUUUGUUAUUUUUGUUGUCAAGUGCUGUAAGACUGUUGAGAGAAAAAAAAAACUGUUUACAAUUUGUUGUAACAGCCAUUUUGGGGAGAAGACUUCAGUGUCAAGCCAUUUUGUAAAGGCUUUGCCGUAUAGACUUUUUGAUACAUUGCUUGUUGCAGUUCAAUUUUGAUUAAUAAAACAUGUUGAUAUUUAA